CUAUCAUAAGUUAGGUUAUAUAUCGUAUGCAUCAAAUCAUACAAUUAUUUAUAAGCUAGUUUUUUAAGGAAAAAACACUUAAAUUUAGUGAAUUUGCAGUGCGAAAUCUUUAAAAAACCACAGACGAACACUUGGCACAAACGAAAGUUACGUGUAAACGUCGUGGCUUUUGUUUAAUUAUUUUGAAUAAUAAACAUAUAAAAAAUAUAUAUAUAAACUUUGGCAACUAAAACCAAUCCCAAAAMACACAAGCAACAACAACAACAGCAACUAGUGUAAAAUUCAAAGUGUAUACAAGAGCAACAACAAGCGACAAAACACAAACGGACACCCGGCAACAUUUUCAAGUCCACAAGUGCAACAUAAACAGCAGCAAAAUUACGUCAAUUAUUGAAAAUCUACCCGGCGCAAUAGCUCACAAUCAUCAAAACAACAUCAUGGAAGAAGACGAGAGGGGCAAAUUAUUUGUUGGCGGCCUGUCCUGGGAGACAACGCAGGAGAAUCUGUCUCGUUACUUCUGUCGCUUUGGCGAUAUUAUCGAUUGUGUCGUUAUGAAGAACAAUGAGAGUGGCAGAUCGCGUGGAUUUGGCUUUGUUACCUUCGCCGAUCCCGGAAAUGUUAAUCAUGUUCUUCAAAGUGGACCGCAUACACUCGAUGGACGCACGAUUGAUCCGAAGCCGUGCAAUCCUCGUACGCUGCAGAAGCCGAAGAAGGGUGGCGGCUACAAGGUGUUCCUUGGCGGUUUGCCAUCGAACGUGACGGAGACCGAUCUGCGCACGUUCUUUGGCCGCUAUGGCAAGGUCACCGAGGUGGUCAUCAUGUACGAUCAGGAGAAGAAGAAAUCACGUGGAUUUGGUUUCUUAUCUUUCGAAGAGGAGGCCUCCGUGGAGCAUGUUACCAACGAGCGUUACAUCAAUCUGAAUGGCAAGCAGGUGGAGAUUAAGAAAGCUGAGCCACGCGAUGGUUCCGGUGGACAGAACUCGAACAACAGCGCUGUGGGUGGUGCCUAUGGCAAGUUGGGCAACGAGUGCAGCCACUGGGGACCACAUCAUGCGCCCAUUAACAUGAUGCAAGGCCAGAACGGUCAGAUGGGUGGCCCACCAUUGAACAUGCCGAUUGGUGCGCCCAACAUGAUGCCCGGUUAUCAAGGCUGGGGUACUUCGCCGCAGCAGCAGGGCUAUGGCUAUGGCAAUAGCGGCCCGGGUUCUUAUCAGGGUUGGGGAGCACCACCCGGCCCCCAGGGACCACCACCGCAAUGGUCGAACUAUGCUGGACCUCAGCAGACCCAAGGAUACGGCGGCUAUGACAUGUACAACUCGACUUCGACUGGAGCACCGUCGGGACCAUCGGGAGGCGGCAGCUGGAGUAGCUGGAAUAUGCCACCCAACUCGGCUGGGCCAACAGGCGCACCAGGUGCUGGCGCCAGCGCCGGCACGGACAUGUACUCGCGUGCCCAGACAUGGGGAGCGGGCGGACCAUCGACCACUGGGCCCGUGGGCGGCAUGCCGCGCACUGGACCCGGCAACUCGGCCUCCAAGUCUGGAUCCGAGUACGAUUAUGGCGGCUAUGGCUCUGGCUCCGGCUACGAUUACGAUUAUAGCAAUUAUGUUAAGCAGGAGGGCGCAUCCAACUACGGCGCCGGUCCGCGAUCAGCGUACGGCAAUGACAGCUCUACACAGCCACCGUACGCCGCAUCGCAGGCCGUUUAAGGAGCCAGCGCUCGCGUGUUGUCUCGUGUCAUCCUGCGGCCCCCAAGAGGUGAAUGAUGAAGA